CCCCUCCGUGCGCUCGCUGCACCUGAGCUGUCGCCGCUGCUCGCGCGUCACGCCAUGCCCGCUGAUUCGUUGGACCUUGCUCGCGGUCGGACCGGGCGCAGACCGAGUUGAGCCCUUUGCGAAGUGACCGCAGUGCUCUGCGGGUCUCUCCAUCCUGCGGCCGCUGCCUCUGACCUGCGCGCGUUUAUCCCACAAACUUUUAUCGUCCUUGUUUUUACGCGCGGGUUCCGGCAUUCUGUACGAUUGGCUGUGGUGACGUCGCUGCUGCUUCUCCACCAACGACCCCGGCGAUCUGCAUGAGAACUUCGAGAGGGACCAUGCGCGUGUACGUGGCCGUGGCCGUGGCGCUGGUUUGCGGGGUGUCGGGACUAAAUGUCACUGAGGACACGGCGGCGUGCCCUCUUGGAUAUUUCCCGUGUGGGAACCUGACCAUGUGCCUCCCUCAAGUCCUGCACUGCAAUGGCAUCGAUGACUGCGGCAAUCAAGCAGACGAGGAGAACUGUGGAGAUAAUAACGGGUGGCCCCAUCUUUUCGACAAGUAUUUUGGAAUGCCCAGCUACAACGCGGGGACCAGGUCCAACGUCUGCUUGCUGGGUGUGAUUCCUGAGCUGUGCCAGUGCAGAGACCUGGAGCUGGACUGUGACGGCGCUCACCUUGUGGACAUCCCGCUGGUGCCGAUGAAUGUCACCAUGAUGUCACUGCAAAGGAACCAUCUUCAGAAACUGAAAGCAAACACAUUCUUCAAGUACCAGAGCCUACAAAAACUAUAUCUUCAGUACAACAGAAUUCGGGACGUGAGUCCUGACGCAUUCCGAGGGCUCUUUAACCUAACGAGACUAUAUCUGAGCUUCAACAAGAUAACUGUCCUCAUGCCGGGGGUCUUCCAGGACCUGCACAAGCUGGAGUGGUUGAUCCUAGAAAAUAACAACAUCCAAAAAAUAUCCCCCCUGACGUUCUCCGGACUGGACUCGCUGGUCUUACUGGUCAUGAUGAACAACUCGUUAGCCAAGCUGGAUGACAUCUGUCGGGAAAUGCCCAUUUUGAACUGGCUCGAUUUGGAGGCGAAUCUAAUUGAAACCAUUGGAAACGUCUCAUUCUGCUCCUGCAGUAUGCUGACAGUCCUGGUCUUACAGCAGAACAGGAUCAGCCAUAUACACGAGCAGGCUUUUUCAAUCCUACAAAAGCUCGGAGAAUUGGAUCUAUCCAGCAACAGACUGGUGGCUAUCCCUCCCAAUCUCUUUGUCUUACUCGGGGAUUUGCUCCAACUAAAUAUAUCAUACAACCCCAUCGUGGAGCUCCAAGUGAACCACUUUGACAAGUUGCAUAAACUCAAGUCAUUGAGCAUAGAAGGGAUUGAGAUUGGAAACAUACAGCGGAGGAUGUUUGAACCCCUCCAGUACUUGACUCAUAUCUACUUCAAGAAGUUCCAGUACUGCGGCUACGCUCCUCACGUGCGCAGCUGCAAACCCAACACGGACGGCAUCUCGUCCUUCGAAGACCUGCUGGCCAACAUCGUGCUGAGGGUCUUCGUGUGGGUGGUCUCCGCCACCACCUGCUUCGGCAACGUCUUCGUCAUCUGCAUGCGCUCGUACGUCCGGUCGGAGAACAAGCUCCACGCCAUGUGCAUCAUUUCCCUCUGCUGCGCGGACGGGCUGAUGGGAAUCUACCUCUUCAUGAUCGGCGCGUAUGAUCUGAAGUUCCGCGGCGAGUACAACCAGCACGCUCAGGCCUGGAUGGACAGCAGUGAGUGUCAGGUCAUCGGCUCCUUGGCCAUGCUGUCCACCGAGGUGUCCGUCCUCCUCCUCACUUACCUCACUCUGGAGAAGUACAUCUGCAUCGUCUACCCUUUCCGCUACUUGACGCCCGGAUGGAGACGAACUGUCACCAUCCUUUUGGGUAUAUGGCUGUUCGGCUUCAUCAUUGCCGUUCUGCCGCUGGCCUGCAAGGGGCUGUUUCGUAACUUCUACGGGACCAAUGGAGUUUGCUUCCCGCUGCACUCGGAGCAGCCAGAGACGCUCUGGGCCCACGUUUACUCCAUCGUCAUUUUCCUGGGUCUGAACUUGGUGGCGUUCCUCAUCAUCGUCUUAUCCUAUGCAAGCAUGUUCUAUAACAUCCAGAGAACGGGGACUCAGACCACUAAAUACAGCAACCACAUCAAGAAAGAGGUGACCAUCGCCAAAAGGUUCUUCUCGAUCGUCAUCACCGACUCCCUUUGCUGGAUCCCCAUUUUCAUCCUCAAGAUCCUGUCUCUGCUGCAGGUGGAGAUUCCCGGCACCAUCAGCUCGUGGGUGGUCAUAUUCAUCCUGCCCAUCAACAGCGCCCUCAACCCCAUCCUUUACACCCUGACCACGCGGCCCUUCAAAGAGACCAUUCUGCAGGUGUGGGCUAACUACAGGCAGAAGAGGCCUCUGCUCAGCGGCCACCCAGCUCACCACCCGUCGCUCACCUGGCAGGAAAUGUGGCCCCUCCAGGAGAACAGCCUCGGCCUGGCCGCGGGGGGGGCGCCGCCGCCGCCGGACGCGACGGGCACGCUGGCCAGGCGGGGAAACUCCCAACAGUGACAUUAGCACAGGCGCGCAGCAGCCUCAGAAGCCGCUCAUCGCGUAGCGAGUGUGUGUUCGCAGAAACGACGCCAAGCAAACUCGGAGGCGUGAGGUCAAUUCCCAGUCAGUGGAUCGGAUUAACUGCGAUUCAAGUUCAUUUAUCCCCGAAAGACACAGCGCUUGAUUUGUGGCCAGUGUUUAAAAGUCCUCAGUGUUCAUUAGAAAUCCCGCCGCGUGCACGUCUCGCCACAGCAGCGGCCAAAGCGGCAACGGAUGAAGCCGUCGCAGGAAUCCCUCAUGCGGCGCCGCAGCUCUUGUUUUAACGAAGACUUCGUAUCGGCCUCCAAAAGAGCUCCGUCAGCACAAAGCGGGAGCGUUGCCCCGCCCGUGCUUUGGCUUUUGUUCCCCGUAUCCUUCAGCGCUCGGUUUCAUUUCUCACAGAGGAGUAUUUUCUUCUUUAUCGAAAGCAGAGUACAACUCCCAUUAACCAUUUCACAGUAGCUCCGUGUUUAAGACACUUUCAAAUAUUCUUCUGUUUCACGCCGUACAAAUAGUGCUGAAGCACUUCAUUAACUGUGGUUUGACCCCAGUAAUUAUCUUGACGCCUUGCAAAACACCACAGCGAUGAGUGAUUAUGUUCCAAAGAGCAACAGUAAAACGAGUAUUUGUAGCUCCUUGUGGCGUCCAUGAUACGUCUAAAUAGCAUCAAAUUGAAAAGCACCACCACUGGCGCUGCAUUGUGGAACCUUGCAGCGCGUUUACUGUAGCUCUCAAAGUCUUGGUGCAGGAUCCGCGCUGGGGGGCCUUCAAAGAAAAGUGUGUGGCGAGCAAUAACGUGCAGCUAAAGCAUUUAAAGCGUCAAGAGUUGAAGAAAAGAAAGAACAGACAAAAACAAGAGUGCUGUGAUGUUUCUUUAUCUUGUACUAUCAGGCCACGGGAGGUUUUACAGAAGAAUCUUCUUUUCAAAAGUGCUUUGGCAUUUGCGGCGUACAUUUCCUGCUGAUAGCUUAAUCUCGUAUUGAUCGGAAUUCAUCCAACCGACUCGCAGCGGAGAACAUUUUUACAUCCGUCCAAUCCCUUAAAGCUUCAGCAUUUAUCCCGUCUACAUUUGGUCUUUAGUGUUUUGUGUGUUGCUUCUUCCACUACAAGUAUUUUGUAGAAAUAUUGAAUGUAACGCAUGAGACAUGUCCAACACGGUAAACAAAGAAUGUGCUUAAUUUGGGCAGAAUAAAACCUCCCAGCUGGUCUGGGACUCAAACAACCAGUACACACCACUACGCGUCUUUUAUAAUGAGCUGUACAGCACAGAUAUUUGUACUGGGAUCUUAAACUGUACACAUACGUUGUUCAAUGAACUACUGAUUCCUGUGGAAAUGUAUAUUUUUCAGUCAUUGUAACUCUGAACGAUGUGUGCCAUUUGUAUUCACAUAACGUCCUCACACAUGCAGAAAAGACAAGAUAAAAUCUACAGCCUCGUAUUACAUGUUGAUGGGGAAAUAUGUUUUAAACAUGUUAUCCUUUGAAUUGUUGUAUUGAUUUGUGUAUUGUCAUAAUUAUUUACAAUGGGGUUUUGGGGUAUUUGGAAAAUAAACAUAUUUAUGCCUCCCA